AUAAAGCAAAGUAGAAAGUAUUUGGCCGGCGUAUUGCCGAUUGCGAACGCGCGCGGUGCGCAUGUUGUAUUGACUUAAGUAACACAUCAAGUGACUCAACCGCAACGUGCGUCCACAAAUAAUAAAUAAUAACUAAUAAAUCAAUAAAUAAACAGUGUGUUAAAUGGUGUUAAAUAUAAUUCGAAUAAAAAAUUGUUUUUUGGACUUCCCGGCGUACAAAUGAGGAAAUUUUUACUAAGAAAAUUAUCAAGGUGUACGUAAAGCAAUUAUAAAUCGCCAUUAAGCGCAUUCGUCGAACGUACGUCCUCGGAUCCGUGUUUUAUCCGGCGAUACUUAAACAUCAGCCGUGCGAUCAUAUUUGUUGCUGCAACGACAAUACACAAUGCAGCAGCAAUCGCCGCUAUUGAAAUCGAAAGUUGUGUAACAGCGUCCAAUCGCCCGGCAAUCAACUAUUUCAACAUUUGAAUCGUUUUGAAUAAAAACGCACAUUUUAACUAAAAAAAAAAACACUUUAAAAAAUUGUUAUUUAAGUGAUAAAUAAUUAUUUAUUGACCUAGUAUUUUGAAUUGGGUUUGAGUCAAGAACCUCAUUAGUCCUACAAUCGGAAAAUAAUAAUUUAACACAAAGAAAUAUUCAUAAUAAGCGAUUAACAAACUCGUAAAUCUUAAACGUUGUUUAUUCGCUCGUGUAAAUAACGUAUACUUGAGUAAACAAUAAUGAUAAUAAUUAUAUCGACGUUGUACUAUAGUUAAAUGCAUUCCAGCGUGCAUCCAGCAGUGCAUCAACAGUUAAUGUGUCAAUCAGACACAGAAUAUUCAAUAUAAUUCGAUUUUAAUAAAAAUUUUAAAUUUAAUAUUUAAUAAAAGUGCAGUUUUUGUGAUUUAUAAAAAUGGUGAUCAAAAGUAACGAAGCAAUGGGUUUAUCCCAACCACCGAAAUCAAUGUGGAUGCAGACUUUACCACAAGUCCUUGCUGUAUCAGUAAAAAAUAUUCUCCUCUUGGCUUUUGGCAUGACAUUAGGAUUUCCUACAAUUUUAAUCCCUGGAUUGUUAGCUCCCGAGGAAACUUUUACGAUGACACCUGAGGAAAUCUCAUGGAUUGGUUCAGUUAAUUUAAUCUGUGUGCCGAUUGGCAGUAUUGUUUCCGGAGCAGUAUCACAAGCCAUCGGAAGAAAACGUGCUAUGCAAGUGGUUAAUUUACCAUUUUUAGCUGCUUGGUUACUCUUUCGAUUCUGUAAUGCUGAAUGGCAAGUUUUUGUCGCUUUGGCCAUGACUGGUUUAUCAGGAGGAUUCCUAGAAGCACCGGUGUUAACUUAUGUUGCUGAAAUAACCCAACCACGUCUUCGUGGCGUAUUAUCAUCCACAAGCAGCAUGGCCGUCAUUGCAGGAGUAUUAAUAAUGUUCCUCCUUGGAACAUUCUUCCCCUGGCGGACGGUAGCAUUAGUAAGUUGUGUAUUCAACGUGAUGUCAUUUACAUUCCUUUUCUUCGUCCCCGAAUCUCCACAUUGGUUAAUCAGCAAUAAUCGUCUACUAGACGCAAGGAAAUCCCUCGCUUGGCUUCGUGGUUGGACAGACCUAGAUGAAAUCGAACCGGAAUACAAACAAAUCUACAGAGAAGUACGUGUGAAUGAUGAUGAUCUAGCACAAGACAAUCCUGCAUUUGAUGGUGUGUCAAAUGGUGUUACGCUUAAUGGUAAUAAUCAACAUAGGCAACCCAAACGACACGCGAAGAAGAACAGCAGACUAGAAACUCUAAAACUUUUCACAAGGAAAAGUUUCCUGUGGCCGUUUUCUCUGGUAGCGAUUAUUUUCUUCUUUAAUCAUGUUACUGGUAUGACUACGCUGCAAACGUAUGCAGUGCCUUUGUUUCAAAGUGUCAACGCACCAAUUGAUAGAUAUUAUGCGACUGUUAUGUUGGGAUGUGUUGAACUUUUGGGAUCGAUUGCUUCGACUGCUUUGGUACAUUACACAGGAAAACGUCUCUUGAACUUUGUUUCUGUUCUUGGGAUAGGUGUUUGUUUUACGAUUGUUGCUAUCUACGCACAGAUCAAUGCUUUGGUUGAUGUUACCAACAGUACAACACCUAAUUUACAACUGGUUAAAAACAGUCCCCACAAUUGGAUACCAAUGACGUUUUUGAUUGGUGUUGCAUUCAUGGCACAUCUUGGAGUGCGAAUUCUUCCCUGGAUUCUUACCGGGGAAGUUUUUUCGAAUGAAACAAGAGCUGCAGCUGCAGGAUUAUGCAGUGCCUUUACCUACAUCGUUAGUUUUGCAACGAAUAAAGCUUUCUUCGCCAUUGUAGGCGUUCUAACUCUACCGGGGACAUUUUUCACACAUGCUGCACUUUCGGUUGUAGCAUUCUUAGUUUUGUACUUCUUUUUACCCGAAACAGAGGGUAAAACUCUCGGGCAGAUUAAUGAACAUUUUGCUGGUGGUACCAAAAUGGGUGAUAAGGUCUACCGGGACCGUGGGGACCGAAAAAGUGAUUUUCACAUGCAGCAUAAUCCCGGUAACAUUAACUCCGCGUACAAUGGCGGUGACAAUUCCAAUGAAAGUAAAUUUUAAUCCGUUUUACAAAACUAGUGAUAUAGUUGUAAGUAAUGUAAUUUAUUUGAUGUUAUGUGAUUGUUUUUAAUGAAAAAAUAUAAAAAAUUACAUCCA